ACUGUAAAGUCUUGUGUUUUAAACUUCUUUAUGACAAAUAGCACUAAAUGACGCGAGCGCAAGGCUGAACUGUAGAUUUUCUUUUCUUCACAGCGAACCACAAUUGAAACUCCCACAUCUACUCUUCUUCUCCAACUCUUUCAACAUUGCCCAGGACACAUUGUCGCCACUCAGAAUCCUCUAGAAACUCCUCCCAUCUCCCGGUCUCUCUGUCUUUCUAUCCAUCUUCCGCUCAAGCUCCGACAUGCGCAAUCCCCACCUCCCAACGGUAAAAGCAUGCCCUCAUACUUCUACCACCUGAAAUUCGAGCUCUAUCCUUAUCCAUCCGAGACGAGUAAAGAAAAGCAAGAAAAAGUCUGGAUCCCGCGUGAGGGGAGCGGGGUUUUUCAGAAUUCGGGGUGGCUUGAUCAUAAGAGAGUUGGUGGUGAAGAAAAAGUUGGGAAAGGACUUAGGUCUGGAGGAGGAGAUUGUGGGCCUGGGAGAGCUGUCGACGAAGAGAGUCCCCUCGCUGGUUUCCAGACUGCGAAGAGGGAUUGGAGGUUUGGGAGGGUCAGGAUUGAGAGUUUGGACUUGGAUACCAACAUGGAGUCUACGCAUACACCUGGUCCGCGGAUGAGAGGGGAGAGCAGUUCUGCGGGCGCGGGGUCCAAUGGACGUUCUGCUGGACUGAACGCUGCUACAGCAAGCGUCGUUGGCGGAGGCAGAGUCACGAAAGCGAGGUUCGAUCCUGUGGAGGGCAAGAAUACAGAGGUUGGGUGGGGCAUUGUUCAUCUGUAUCGGGAUGGGGAGGAGACAGUGGGGUUGGAGAGGGAGGAGAUCUAUGCUGCGGAGGACACGUCGGAUGAGGAUUGUACGGUGCUGUGUGUCCCUGCUGUGCCGAGCUAUCUUACCUCGAGCGAUUUUCUGGGGUUUGUGGGCGAGAAGACGAGGGAGCAGGUUAGCCAUUUUAGGAUGGUUAUGACGGGGAGGUUGAAUCGGUAUAUGGUGCUUAUGAAGUUUAGGGAUGAAGGGGUGGCGAAGAGGUGGAGGAAGGAGUUUGAUGGGAAGGUUUUUACUACUAUGGAGCCAGAAACUUGCCAUGUUAUGUUCAUCAAGUCGAUUACCUUCCAAACUCCUGCUUCUUCGAAACCAAAUACAAGCUUCCCAGAGCUAUCCCACGACCCCUUCACACCCUCAACAUCUGCUUCGACAUUCCUCAAACCCUUCCCUCCUCCUACGCCGAACCUCGUCGAAUUACCUACCUGCCCUGUAUGUCUCGAGCGAAUGGACGAUACGACAGGUCUCUUGACCAUCCUCUGCCAACACGUCUUCCACUGCGACUGUCUACAAAAAUGGAAAGGAAGCGGUUGUCCCGUCUGCAGACACACGAACCCCUCCCUCGCCGCCUCCUCCCCAUCAAAUACCUCCGCGUACCCCUACGAUCCCGCCAACCCCCCCUUCGGCAGCGGCGAAGCCUCACUCUGCAGCGUCUGCGACUCCACAGAGGACCUCUGGAUCUGCCUUAUCUGCGGCGUCGUAGGUUGCGGACGCUACAAAGGCGGCCACGCCAAAGAGCACUGGAAGGACUCCGCGCACAACUUUGCGCUGGAGAUCGAGACGCAGCAUGUAUGGGAUUAUGCGGGCGAUAUGUGGGUUCACAGACUCAUCCGCGAUAAAGGAGACAGUAAAGUUAUCGAGUUACCCUCCAGUUCCCGGACGGGCGGUGGAGAUGACAUGGUGCCGCGCGAGAAAUUGGAGAGGAUCGGCAUGGAGUAUACACAUCUCCUCACAAGCCAACUCGAGAGCCAACGCGUCUAUUUCGAGGAAUUGGUCGGAAAAGCAGUCGCGAAAGCUAGUGUGGCCAGUACUUCUGCCGCAACUGCUACACAGCGCGCAGAUGAAGCUCUCUCCAAGCUCCAAACCCUGGAAAUCGAGAACAGGAAAUUGAAAGAAGAGACCCUGAUCAGUCUAGAGAAGGACCUGGAGCGCGAGAAGCGCAAGGCGGAGAAGAGUUCCGAGGUCGCGCGCGGCUUUGGCAAGAGUCUACGGGAGGAGAAGAAGGUGAGCGAGGGCCUGAUGGAGAGGAUUGAGUUUGUGAAUAAGAGUGUUGCGGGCCUGGGCGAGGAGGUCAGCAGGCUGAAGGAGGAGAAUGCGGAGUUGAGGGAGGAGAAUCGGGAUUUGCUUUUUAGUAUUAGUGCCGAGGAGAAGAUUCGGGAGAUGGAUGGGGGUGGUGGGGAGGAGGGGUUGGAGAGGGGGGAAUUGGAGGGGGGGAGUUUGGUUGUGCCGGUGGUGGAGAAGGAGAAGGCUGGUGGUGGUGGUGGGAGGAAGAAGGGGAAAGGGAAGGGGAAGGUUUGA